UCCAUCAAAUUAAUCUGUGUUUCCUCUGUUUUCUCUUUCAGGACAUCCAGAAUGGCUUCCUGGAAUAACCCCUUCUCUUAGGGAGAGCUACCCAGAAGUUGGCGUUCCUUUGAAAAGUCGAUCAGAGUCUGGGAAAUUCCAUAAUGUAAAUGUACCUUGGCUUUGGACCAUGAACCUUAGAGGAUCCCCUUCGAAGAUCGUUUCUGUAGUUUGGAUUUAAACUGUCGUUUUCUCUGGACCACUGCAGCGGUGGCUGUUGGAGGCGGCUGCUGCGGCAGUGGUGGGAGGACCUCGCCGCCUCGGAGUAAAGGAAUACAGCUGCACAGCGCCGCGCCACCAUGAGGAUACCCACCACCUCUUGCCUCUGUCCCUUCUUGGUUUGCCUCUGCUUCAUCCAGAGGUGCUCUGGGACGGGCCAUCACGUCCCUACCAAAGUGCCCUCCAAGAACCAGACCAGAUUGGCCAACGGGGAGACAGAGGUGCACCACAGACCCAAGCGUGGCUGGAUCUGGAACCAAUUCUUUGUUUUAGAAGAACACAUAGGACCGGAUGCACAGUAUGUGGGAAAGCUUCACUCAAACUCAGAUAAAGGCGAUGGAUCCGUCCGAUACAUUCUGAGUGGAGAGGGAGCCGGGUCUAUAUUCAUCAUCGACGAGGUGACGGGUGAUAUUCAUGCCACCAAGAGCCUGGAUCGAGAGAGGAAAGGACAUUAUGUCCUGCAUGCUCAAGCCUUGGACCGCAACACGCAGGAGGCCCUGGAACCGAUGUCGGAAUUCAUCAUCAAAGUCCAAGACAUCAACGACAACGCACCUCAGUUUCCAGAUGGACCCUUUGUAGCUACGGUGCCUGAGAUGUCUGAAGUGGGUACGUCCGUGUUGCAAGUCACAGCGACAGAUGCUGACGACCCAACCUACGGAAACAGCGCCAGGAUAGUCUACAGUAUUUUACAAGGACAGCCAUAUUUCUCCGUGGAUCCCAAAACAGGUGCCGUAUUCCUGCUUGCUGGGGAUAAAAUGUUGCAGUAAACGCCUAUUUGCAUA